AGGAGAAUGCAGGACUGCCCUUCUGUGGGCCUCUCUAGCUUCCCAGAGCUAUGUGCAAAAGGCCCUCAGCCACUGGGCCUCCGGGCUGCAUGGUGGGGUGGUUCCGUGGCAGACUCUUAUGGACAGCCAGCCAAGCAGUGAGAGGCCCAGCCCGGGGAGACAGCCUAGGAGCAGGACCAAGAGGGAGGGAGGGAGGACGCUAGUGUGGGAGGACUGCAGGGUGGGAUCAGCCUGGUCCUUUGGGGCAGGACCCACUGGCAGCUCGGCAGCUCGGCACCCACAGCAGGGCCUGUGCUCUGGGUGGGCUGUGCAAGAACAGCAAGCUGGGCUGGCUAAGGAGAGCCUGCGUGCCCUAAGUCCUUUCGACAAGUUCCUGGAGCUCAGCUGCCCAGCGAGGAAGCUCAGCUACAGAUGUUGUUUCUGAGGACGAUACUGUAUCCGAGGAGCCUCCUGCAUGUCCUGCUGCCCUGAGCUCACUCAAGCUAGGUGACAGCGUGUGAAUGCUGCCACCAUGAAUGAGGUAUCUGUCAUCAAAGAAGGCUGGCUCCACAAACGUGGUGAAUACAUCAAGACCUGGAGGCCACGGUACUUCCUUCUGAAGAGUGAUGGAUCUUUCAUUGGGUAUAAGGAGAGGCCCGAGGCCCCUGACCAGACCUUACCCCCCCUGAACAAUUUCUCUGUAGCAGAAUGCCAGCUGAUGAAGACUGAGAGGCCACGACCCAACACCUUUGUCAUACGCUGCCUGCAGUGGACCACAGUCAUCGAGAGGACCUUCCAUGUAGACUCUCCAGAUGAGAGGGAAGAGUGGAUGCGGGCUAUCCAGAUGGUCGCCAACAGUCUGAAGCAGCGGGGCCCAGGUGAGGACGCCAUGGAUUACAAGUGUGGCUCCCCCAGUGACUCUUCCACAUCUGAGAUGAUGGAGGUAGCUGUCAACAAGGCACGGGCCAAAGUGACCAUGAAUGACUUCGAUUAUCUCAAACUCCUCGGCAAGGGCACCUUCGGCAAGGUCAUUCUGGUUCGAGAGAAGGCCACUGGCCGCUAUUAUGCCAUGAAGAUCCUGCGCAAGGAGGUCAUCAUUGCAAAGGAUGAAGUCGCCCACACAGUCACAGAGAGCCGGGUUCUGCAGAAUACCAGGCACCCCUUCCUUACAGCCCUCAAGUAUGCCUUCCAGACCCAUGACCGCCUAUGCUUUGUGAUGGAGUAUGCCAACGGGGGUGAGCUGUUUUUCCACCUCUCUCGGGAGCGAGUCUUCACGGAGGAUCGGGCGCGCUUUUAUGGAGCAGAGAUUGUGUCAGCUCUGGAGUAUUUGCACUCGAGAGAUGUGGUGUACCGUGACAUCAAGCUGGAAAACCUUAUGUUGGACAAAGAUGGCCACAUCAAGAUCACUGACUUUGGCUUGUGCAAAGAGGGCAUCAGUGAUGGAGCCACCAUGAAAACCUUCUGUGGUACCCCGGAGUACUUGGCGCCUGAGGUGCUAGAGGACAAUGACUAUGGGCGAGCAGUGGACUGGUGGGGGCUGGGUGUGGUCAUGUAUGAGAUGAUGUGUGGCCGCCUGCCAUUCUACAACCAGGACCACGAGCGCCUCUUUGAGCUCAUUCUUAUGGAGGAGAUCCGCUUCCCGCGCACACUCGGGCCAGAGGCCAAGUCCCUGCUGGCUGGACUGCUGAAGAAGGACCCAAAGCAGAGGCUCGGCGGAGGUCCCAGUGAUGCGAAGGAGGUCAUGGAGCAUAGAUUCUUCCUCAGCAUCAACUGGCAGGACGUGGUACAGAAAAAGCUCCUGCCACCCUUCAAACCUCAGGUCACUUCAGAAGUGGACACAAGGUACUUUGAUGACGAGUUCACCGCCCAGUCCAUCACAAUCACACCCCCAGACCGAUAUGACAGCCUGGACCCGCUGGAACUGGACCAGCGGACGCACUUCCCCCAGUUCUCCUACUCAGCCAGCAUCCGAGAGUGAGCAGCCCUCUGCCACCACAGGACACAAGCAUGGCCGUCAUCCACUGCCUGGGUGGCUUUUUAAAAAAAAAACUUUAUUUUGCCUUUUGGUUUGUGUUCCCUUCCCUGUCCCCUCAUCCCAAAUCCAGUUUCUUCUUCAGUCCUUGCUCAGACUUAGUGGUCCUGGCGGCCCUCUCCUCUGGGCUCCCCUCUGUUCCAGGUGAGCGCUGGGGACCGCCCAGGGACAGGCUGUUGGGAGGAUGGAGAGUGAGGUCAUUCCUCACCACUAGCCUCCAAGAGGGUGAAGUGGGGAGCCAUGGGGUCACAUGGAUUUGGAGGCACGCCAGCGGAGGACACAUCUAGAAGUUCCCCUCACUCCCAGCACCUCAGCUGCCUUCCAUGCUGUCCUCUGGGCAAUCUUAUCUGCUGCCACCCCACCUGGGGCACAAAAGCAGUAAUGUCCAGGGACAGGCAGAAGCCUUUGGAAGCUGAGGGGUCUGGGUUUGCUUCUAUGGAGAAUGGAUCUUCAAGGGGGAUCCAGGAGCAGGAGCUGCCUUCCUCUUCCUCCCAAGCUACUCUCUUGAUUCUCAAUAAAGCAGGAGGAAUGUUCGGGGGCAGCCCUCCUGCCCACAGCCCAGUGCCUUACCAGGGCUUCCUUCUAGCCAGCCUUGCCUCCCGCUCGGCCCCUUUGGAUGGCUCCGUUCUCUGCCUGGGGCAGAGGGAAGCCAACCUUGGCUGUUACACAUCUCACACCAAGACAGUAUUGGGCCCCUUGGACUUGACUGGGGUCUGAGGGGACAGAGAUGGGGAUAGGUGUCUGAUACACAAUGGGGUGGAGUCUGCCUCAUCUCCAGGGCACCUGUUCUGGAGCCUUAAAGUGAAUGUUUGAGUUAGAGUUGUGUCAGUGCUGUGGGUGCGGGUGUGCACCUGACCUAGCAGUGAGCAUCCCAGGCUCCUGGGAUGCUGGUGCCCACAGCUGUAUGCAGCACUUGUGUGAGUGGGCUCAGGCUCAGCCCCAGCCUGAGUGUUUGAUCCCACGGGGUGCAGUGAGUGCAGGCGAUGUGCCUGCUGCUCUGGCCAUGUCUCUCCCUCCUCAAUAGCUCUGGGUUUUUGGAAAUGAGUUCUCCUGGUUUUGCUCUCCCACCACACCCCCAGAAUAGGUGGAUUUCAGAAAGGCAGUAGGGUGGGGUGGUUGGGAUGGUUAUGGGGGUCAUCUGUUUUUUACUUUGUAUGUGUGUAUGUUUAUCUGAGAGUUUUCGCCCAUCCCUGCUGGCCUUUCCUUACUCCUCGUAUUUGUACGGUACAAGCAAUAAAGACACUCAUUUCAGACCAGGGCCCAGUCCACAUUUCCUUAGCCACCCCUUCUGUCCUGGUACUGGAGUGCCAGAGUAGCAUGCACCAUUUAUUACCUGCUCUGCCUUAUUCUGAGGUCCAUGGAGCCAUGGGGAUGGAAGAGAUGGCCGUGAGAAAGUGGGUGGUGGAUCCCGGCUGCAGAGAGCGGCGCUGCAGAGGAAAAGGUGGCUGGGUGGUUUCUGUUGGGUAGGGAUGGCUCGGACCCUUAGAAGCUGCCAGAUUGGGGGCAGCAGUGCUGAGCGGCUCUAAACAGGAAGCACGAGCGCUGUGGCAGCAGAGGGGUGGUUCAUUCACUUGGCCUCUGAGCCCUAAACAGCUUCUGUGUGGAACCAGGAAGCCUUAGUGUCCCCAAAUGCCAUCAUAAAAUCUGUGACUUAACAGGGCUUGUGACUCCCAGCAGGAACACCCGGACAUUUGAUUACAGCUGCACUGGUCUAGGACUGAACCCCAUGCUGAACCUGUGGGUUGUGGGGCUCACUGGGGUACUUGCUCCUUUCCCAUACCCAGGUGCCAGGCACACAGGGCCUGGUGCAGAUGGAUUUGUUCCAGGAUUUACUAGAAGACGGGGCACCACAAGCAUGGCGAUCUGAGAACUGGAAAGCGGGCUGUGGGAAAGCAAGGCCAGUUUAGACACCUGUCCCAACUGCAGAGAAGACUGCGUGCGGCCCAGGUUGGGUGUCCCGUAGCUCUGAUAGGAGAAGGUGGAGCCUUGCUGGGGUGUUAGAGUUCACUGUAGUCUUUCACUCUAGCCUAGGAAAAAGAAAAAUGCUUUGCAUUCCCCUGUCACAGCACCUCAGUCACCUUGUGUGACUCAUCUCCCAGCAGGACACGUUCCUGCCUACCUCUGGUUUUCAGCAGCUCCGCGAAAGGAGCUCACAGUCAGCUGUUCCUGUAGUGAACACACGUGUCUACGCUGCUUAGUGUGAGGGACAAAGUUUUCAUAAAAGUUUUCACUGGAAUCCUUUACAAGGCUCACUUCAAACAUUUCACAAGGUUUUGUUUCUCCCCAAUCUGUGUGUUUAUAAGAGCAUCAGGGAGAAGUGAGCCCCCACAACCCAGGCUGCAGUGGCAUCACUGUGCACUUUGCCAUGAACCCUUGGCCUGCCUUUUGUGCAUCCCUCAUUCUUGCCAGCUGCAGCCGUGCCUGGGCUAUGCCCCUUUGCCACCAUACCUUAGGAAUUUUGCAGAUGUCCUCAGUCUGCUGGGUCCUUGAGGAAAUGAGACUUGGGUAUCAGGGGACUCUGUGGCCUUGUGGUCCCAGUUGCUUCACAAGGCUGCAUGGGCGUGUACCUUCCAUCACUAAGAUCUGCUAUCAUCAGUGCUGUAAUCAAAAAUAAAAAUAAGGCUCCAUCUU